AUGGGUCUCUGCAACAGCGGGCAGUCCAUCAAACGCCCGCUGCUCACUGUGUCUCAACUGUUGCGCCAGUCUAUCCGCAAAUGCCUGUCGCGCACCUACUUUGAUGGCACCGAACUCGAAGAAAGUGACUUGCGUGAGGCUCUGACCAAACAUGCUGAAUGCUGGACGAACGAUACCAUUGAGUCUGCGAUUGCGGCCGCUGCGGUGACUCGUAUGGUAGCCAUCGGGGCUGCGGCUACUGCUGUAGAUCAUAUCGACGCUAUUCGAAGUCGCCUUGAGCACUACUUCGAAAACCCGAGUGCUGAACAUGUUUUCCGCGAUUCUGCGGGCGCGUACAAGGAAGGCCCGGCUGCUGUUAUCAGCAAAGCAGUUGGUGCUGGGUUGGCUCCGCCCGAGUUUAAGGUCAAGAGCAAGCUCGACAUGCAAGGCUGGAAGGAUAACCCUGAGCUAGUCUUUGAAUCACUCGGAAUGUUGCGGUUAAGUGGCGCACGGUUGAGUUGGCAGACAGGCAGCGCGGGCAAUCGCGUGGUGGCGGCGUACAGGUGGCGGGCUGUUUUUGCCGGUGAGCUCCAGGGCGAAGAGUCUCCGACGCCUUUGCUCCCACCGGACCCGUCGCCAGCGUCGACUGUGGGAGUGGGGGUACCACCCGGCCGUGAGGGGCCGUUUGUGCCAGCGUUUCGUGGAGUCCAGCCCGGAGGUAUCGCGAGUAGGCUGCAAGCUGCUGUUCCGGAUGUGCAGGUCGUAAGGGGCAUGAAAAACCCGGGGAAGCUGAAAGUCGCGGACGGCCGCGUGCUGGAGGUCACACAGAAAACGUGCCCCGUGCGUAUUGCUUUGCACGCCAGCUGGGGGUUGGUGUCGGUGGACUUGUUUUCGUUUGCGGUCAUGCUUGGCGACGGUCAGGUGGUCAUUCUUGGCAACCCGACGCCGAAGGCUUUGGGUAUCGAUGUGUACGAGAGCUUGGGGACCUGUGUGCGUUCGCGCGCUAGCGUCAUGGGUGUUGAGACCGCGGCGUACAAAGAAUGCCGCCGAGUUUCACUAGCCGUUGAUGCCCUGCAGUAUCGCGAAGGCCCGGAGCAAGCCGAGCCGGAUCCAGCGGUCGAGCGUUCGGUGGCGCGAGGCCCCAAUAUGGAUAUGAGCCCUGAGGGGGAGGCAUUGGCGCGAUCUGAAUCGUUGGACAGCGCUGUCUCUUCCGCCGUUGUAGCUGGCUGGAUUGGAGGAGCCGCACGUGGGCCAUCCACGGAGCAUCAUCCAUGA